UAUGUGAUGGAUUACAUUUAUUGAUUUGUAUAUGUUGAACCUCAGUAAAAAUUUAAUGUUUCAAUAUUAUUAGAUACUUUAACUUUAAAGUCCUAGGGUUUUAAAAAGAGUGAUGUAAUAAAAUUCCGGGGUGUUCAUUUACUCACCUAAUCACUGACAUUUAAACAAACAAGCCUCUCACAUUUUAACAACUACAACACCUUUCCUUGACUCUACUUCUCACUCUAGUAACUACCUUCUUUCUUUUCAUAGCUGCGUUUCUAAGAGCUUGCUAUACUCAAUCUUUUUGCUCUCUAUCCACUCCUUUCUAAUCUAACUUUCUACCAAAACAGUUCAAAUGCUCCAUAGACCCAUUUUAUCCAGUGUGUCCCUUCUUGAAACACUUUCUUCUCUUGCUUCCAUACUUUACUGAUUUUCUCUCAACUCCAGGAUCUCUUUUGUAGAUUCCUGUAUGUUGCUGUUACAUGUUAACAUUUCCCAAAGCUCAAGUUUGUGGCCUCCUUUUUUCCUCAUAUUCUAACCUUUACCGACGUAAUCUCAUUCACUUCUAUACCAACAACUCCCAAAUUUGCAUUUCCUUCCCAGAUUUCUCCUUUGAACUCCAGAGUAUUGCAUACUCUCCAUCCCCAUGAGGAAAUCUCAAAGCCUCCUCUAACUCAACACAUUUCAAAUGGAAUGAUGAUCUUCACUCCUCCAUGCCUGGGUUUGAUAUCUUGGUGAAUGGCACUGUAACCCACUCACCUGCAUAACACACAGACCUAGCAAUUGGUUUUGAAACUCCCGUCUCCUUAGCCCCCCACCCCAUAGUAUCCAGUACAUUAACAAUCCCUCAUAAAUCUCUCUCAGAUCUACCUAUAAUCUCUGCAUCUGUGCUAACACCAUCCUAAUCCAAGUUAACAUCUUUUCCUGCCUGGACUACUGUGUAACCACCCAACUGGCUUUGUGCAGCCCUCUUUUCUAGCUCAGUCUGUCCUUCCCACUGCAACCAGAAUAAAUGCAAGUAUUAUCAAGCUGCUUAGAUGCCUAAAACCCUUUUAAUUAGUAAGCAUUACUUGUAGCUGAAGGAUCAUAAUCUGACUGCCUCUCUGGCCCCAUCUUGCAUCAGGCUCCUCACUUGCUCCCUCUAUGCCUGGUAUAAUUUCAGUACCUUUAAUGUGUCCCAUUCCUAGCACAGCUGUUCACCUUGUUUGACACGCUUCUCCCUCUGUCCUCCUCAGGUUGCCUAGGCAACUCCUAUUCAAUUGACUGGAUGUAAGGUCAUUUCCUCACAGAAGCCUUCCCUGGCCCUCAGACUAAGUCAAAUUUCCUUUUUCUGUACUUUCAUAGCACUCGCUAUUUCAUAAAAACGAUUGUUGACUUAUAUGUACACAUUUGGUUGUAUAAUGAUUUGAUUAAUAUUUAUCUUGCCUACUGCUCUAUUUAAUGAGGGCAAGGACUGUAUUUAUUAUUCUUACCGUUUCAUCCUCAAAGCCUAUUGCAGUGCCUGGCACACAGUAGGCACUUUCUAAAAGUCUGCUGACUGAAUAAACAGAGGAAAUGCACAAAUGAAGGGCAGAGGUCGUAGUAACUUGCCCAGGGUCAAGAUGGCAAGGCUGAGACUAUAGUUUCCAGUCCAGAUCACCAGCCUUCUGAAUAAAUAUCUUGUCCUAAAUUUUGUUCUAAAUCAUUGGAACCAAAGCAACGUCACAACUCAAGUCCAAUUUCUCGGCCUCCCGUUUUCUACAGAUGGCAUUUAUUCAGCAAUGGAAUGUUGUAAGUAUAGUAAUUUUUCUUUUUUCCAUGAAACAUGUGUUAUCUUCUUGCUCUAUUUUGAAGGGAUAUUAUGAUAAACGAUGCUACUAUUUAAAACUUGUAAAGCUUCUUGGGAUUCUCAGAAAAAGUACAAGAUAUAGGUCAAAAAGAGUAAUUUUGUCUCUCACAAAAGAAUUUUCUGUUUAAAAAAUGCUGUUAACUUGAAAAAGUGGUAUCUCCCAAAGAACAUUCUAAUAGGUGGGAUAAUCAUCAUCAUAUUUCUAGCUGCUACAUAUAUCCCUUCCCUUAAAAGUAAAAAAGGAGAAAAUCACUUUGCGUGUGGAAGUGCUUUGUGUGUUUUAUAAAAUCCCCAUAAAAUAUUUAGUGGUUCAAGGAACGGCUGCUGCAUUUCUAAGGCAAAUAGCUUAUCCCUGAAAAAGCUUGAGGAUCUGACUCUCAAGAGUCUUUGUGCUCUGAAUGAAUAAGAAAUCAUUAUUUUUGAACUUCCUUGCUCACGUCAGUGACUUCCACCUGCACCCAAUCCAUUGGUUAUAAGUACCCAUGAAUUGCCUUGCCAAUUAUAGGCAGGAUUACCUAGGAGGACCAGGCAAAACCAAACUCCUGGUAAGCUUUAUUAGCCUUUUCUAUGAUGUGUCUCAGUUUCCAUUUCACACCUUGGAGUGGAAGACAAUCUCUACUCACACUGUUGUGGUACGUGUCUGUCUGUCUCAGAUGUGUGUGUAAGGUGUAUUUCUCAGCUCAGGGUAUCUGAAGUAAUUUCUUUUUUUUUUUUUUAAGACCACUGUCUUAAGGCUUAAAAGUAAUUUAAGGUUUUGUUUUUUGUUAUUAUUUUGAGAAUUGCAGUUUCUUUGGAGACAACAAAGUACUUUUUAUUCAAAGAUGAAAGAGGCAUACUCAGACUUUCUAUGUUAUGUUCAUACUUGUUUUGCUUAUCACUGUAUAACAUUCUCAUCAUGAUGGGCUACUUUAAGCUAAUCAGUUGGAUUUUGGGGUCCUCAUUUAGAAGUCAAUCUGGAAAAAAUAUGGCUGUAAAACUUAGAUGAACCAGUAUGCUAUUUCUCCUUCCUUGUCUGCCUUUAGAGAUGUUUUCUCUUUCUCUCUCUCUUCCCUGACUAUCUCUCUCAAUGAUCAUUGACAGCUCCCCCAUUUCCUCUUUCACUCAGCUUCACUCCACCAUGACCAGAGCAUCUCUCCUGCUACUAUGUGUUGCCCUGGUGCUGCUUUGGCAUGUGAAUGGAGCCACACUAAGAAACAAAGACAAAUGGAAGCCACUCAACAACCCCAGAAACAGAGAUCUGUUUUUCAGAAGCCUUCAGGCAUAUUUUAAGGGCAGAGGUCUUGAUCUUGGAACAUUUCCAAAUCCUUUUCCCAUGAAUGAGAAUCCUAGACCUCUCUCUUUUCAAUCAGAACUUACUGCUUCUGCAUCUGCAGAUUAUGAAGAGCAGAAAAACUCCUUUCACAAUUAUCUCAAAGGCUGAAAGUUUCUUCUGAGCUCAGGUGUCUGGCUAUUGUAAAACUACAGAUGAAGCCUCUCAUUAGAAAAAUUCAACCACUGUCGUAGCUAAACUUUCGUGGAGUUUCUUUCCCCCUCACUUUUAUUUUUCAGUUUGUAAUGAUUUUAUUCCACAUUUCCAUAUUUACAUAUAAAUCGCUGGAACUAUGAUUUCUAUGCAUAUUUAUGGAGUGUUUUUCCUGUACAACCAUAAAUAUUGAUGUAGAGCAGUGCAUGCAUUUGUAGGAGUAACAAAAACAUCACAAACUGAAAAAAGAUUAUAAUCUAAAUUAGAUGUUUCUUUAAGCUUGUUUUUAAAACUUGUCUUUUAAGUUUAUUAUCUUUUAUCAACCAAUUUUUUUUAAAGGGACAUGCUCACUUUUAGUAUAGUAAAAUUCAUUAUAUGUGAUAGGGGGUUGGGUUUAAAAUUUGUCUUCCUUUCCUAAAAAGAAGAUGCAUUCCCAUGUUCAGCAUACACUACUAAAAGACCUCACAGUUUUAGUUUCAUAAGAAAUGAGGGCAAGUGAUAAACAGCCACAAUUAAGUUAAAAUGGAAGCAAACAACCACAACAAACAUGGGAUUCUAGAAGUUGUCAAUGCCUCUGAAGAUGCUCUUUGCCAGAAUAUUCAGAGGUGGACAUUGUGCCACAUCAAAUAUUCUAGCAAUGCCCCAGCCCUUGCUCUCAUACACAACCUCCUCAGGAAGGAAAAGUAGAAACAGGUGAUUUCCUCUCUUUCCAACCAGCCCCUGCCCUCCUUACUCUAGCUCAUGCUGAGUUAUUCUGAUUCCCAUAUUCACAUUUGGAAUAGCUGCUUUUCCUGUAUCUUUAUAGAUAGCUGCAUCAUCUUCUCUAUGAUUCCUGCAAAAGGAAUGUUGCACUAAAAUGCAACAUUGUCCUAACAUUAGUCUGUGCAUUUCAAAAUAGUUUACUGUGGCUUUUUUUUUUUUUUGGUGGAUUAUUGAUAUUGUAUAUGAAGAAUAAAAUAUUUGUGCAAGAACAGA